AUGUCUUAUAGCUCGAAUCAAUUAUUCAAGGCGGCUCGGGUCCAGAGACGGCAUUCGAUCACCGAGGGCGCAUACAUUUGUCUGCGCGCCAGCCCCUUGAGGUCUGGACAAGGCAUCAAGCUCCUUUUUCAGGCCUCCCACAUUCUCUUUGAGGCUUUCUUUUCCCUCAUCAUCAUCAUUGUGAUUGGUGAGACUGCCGCCUUAGCAGGGUCCGCUCUCCACGUUCAACCGAUCUUCAAUGCCGGGGCUGCCCAUCGUCACUCGUACAACAAUGCGGGCCGCUUACCCCGAUCUGCUCGCGAGUAUUUAUGA